UUAGCUUAUCUAUUUGAACCAAACGUAUGGAAACAAUUCUACAUACUCACACCGAUCCAAUAAACUAGUGAGAGUUGAGAGAAUAAUGUUUAAUAAUCGACAAUCUCGCCGGAGGUUUCGGCUCGGAAACUUAGCUAGACUUGUCCAGUUACGUCAAAACGUCAGCCAACAACCACCGCCACCACGAAUGACUCUUCAAGAAACAUUGUCUCAAUCGCCACCACAGUCACCUCCUCCAACUCAAUUUUCAUCUCCGAUACCUUCAACAUCAACAGUUCCUUUUAUCGAAUCCCGUCAAAAUAGCGGCGGCUCUCCACCACAACCAAAGUCAUCAACAUUGUCGCCGUUAUCACCAAAACCAAAGGAAGAGUCUCAGUCGCAGCCAAUGCCACCACUCAUGUCAAAACAUGUCGAAACACAUCGGAGUCUACUUAUCCACUCACCACCCAAGUCACCGCUAAUACCGCCACUGAUGUCAAAACAUGUCAAAACACAUCGAAAUCUACUUAUCGAAUCACCACCUAACUCCCCACAAGAGUCCACUGAGUCUCAACUGCAAUCUCUAGCCUUGGUGCCUCCUACACCAACAACACCAAAAGCAAAAACGCCAUUGUCCCCUCCGUCAACGCUAAAGCCUACCGAAGAAUCUCAGUCUCGACGGUCUCCUCGAUCACCUCCGCCGCAAGCAUCACCACCGUCAUUGUCAGGACCAGAAUCUCAGAUGCCUUUACCACCACCCGAAGCCAAAUCCCCACCUUCUUCACCUUUAACGCUUGACACUAAUGAAGAAUUCAAUUCCAAUACAUCUCCACCGUCUACAUCCAUUAAUGAAACUCGAUUACGACCAUCGCCUCCAACAUUAUCAGAAACAUCACAAGCAGCCAUGACUCCUCCACCAUCUUCACCGUCAACGUUAAACGCUAAUGAAGAAUUCCAAUCCCAAUCGUCUCCACUCCCGUCUAAAUCCACUGAUGAAAAUAUUUCCCAAACACAAUUAAUUUCGUCGCCACCACCACCGGCAUUAUCAGAAUCUAGAGAAUCUCAUCCGCUUUUACUAGAAGCCAUAAUACCACCGUCUUCGCCGUCAACAAACGAAAAUUUUCAUUCAUCGCUUCUGACAUCUAAAUCCGUUAACGAAACUCGGUUCCGAUCAUCGCCUCCGUCGGAAGCAUCGCCACCAUCACCGUCCGAGAAAGGUGAUACUCAAUCGCCUUCAUCACCAUCAGAAGCCAAAUACCCACCGUCUCCACCGUCCCAACCGCCUCCACUAUCUAAAUCCAUUAAUGAAACAAGGCCUCCAUCCGCGCCUCCGUCAUUAUCAGAAUCUGGUAAAUCUCAACCGUUUUUGCCACCACAAGAAUCUAGAAUUCCACCGUCCCCGCCGUCGACGCUAAACGCAACAGAAAAAUCCCAAUCGCAACCGCUUUUGCCGUCUAAAUCCAUUAAUCAAACACUUUUCCGGUCAUCGCCUCUGUCGGAAGCAUUGUCAAAAUCCGGUGAAUCUCAACCAUCUGUACCACUUCCAGAAGUCAAAACUCCACCGUCAAUGCCAAAAGUUAAUAAAGAGUUCCAAUCCCAAACGCCUCCGCCGCCUCUGCCGUCUAAAUCUGUUGCUGAAACUCAACUCCGAUCUUCGCCACCACCGUCGUUAUUAAAAUCUGAUAUAAAAUCUCAAUCCCAAACGUCUCCAUUUUCAACGCGAGUUGAAGAAUCUCAAUCCCAACCGCCUCCACCGCUUCUGCCAUCUAAAUCUACUGAUGAAACUCGGUUCAAAUCACCACCAUCAUCAUCGGAUUCUGUUGAAUCCCAGUCGUCUUUACCACCAUCGAAAGCCAAAAAUCUACCGUCUUCGCCGUCAAUGCUAAAGGCUAAAGAAGAUUUCCGAUCUGAAACGUCACCACCACCAGAAGCCAAAAUCCCACCGUCUCCGCCGUCAACACUAAGCGAAACUGAAAAAUCACAACACCAGUCGCCUCCACCGUUUCUGCCAUCUAAAUCAAUUGAUGGUACUCGGUCCCAAUCACUACUACCACCAUCAACAUAUACUGAGAACCCUAAUUCAACACCGCCACCAUUGUUGUCUUCGAAAGCUGCUAAAAACCUCAGAUCUCAAUCGCAGAUGAAAACACCAAUCCCCUCUCCUUCCACUUCUCCAGCCACGAUCAACGCACCACCAUCUCCUCCUCCGAAAUCGCCGCCGCCACUUUCAUCCUCACUCAAAUCCCAGAUAAUUUCGUCACCUAAACUAUCGUCACUCCAAACUGAACCUAAUAAGUCAACUGAAUCUCACACUUCAGCAGAUCACAACAAGGAUCUAAACCACAACUCAGAUAAACCGGACGUUAAGCUCAUGAAGAAUAAAAACAGGGGAAAGGCAAUUUGGUCAGAGAAAAAAACAGAGCCGAUGAUUAUGAUGUUCAUCAACAGUAACGUCCAAGGACUCAACACGUCACUAUCGCUUGAUUCAUCAUCCUUCGAUCAUGAACCAGGCGUCCACUUAACCAUCGAUUCUGGUCAUAGUUGUGAUUUCUCUUCAAAAGUGUUUUAGUGUUGUGACUUGUCUCACACGUAUGUGUAUAUGCAAAUUUAUAUAUGAUAUCAUCAUGAGUUACAACAAAAGAAAAAAACCUUGUGUAACAAAAAUUUGGCGCCAUUACAAAAAAUGGGCCUUUUUGGUUGGGUAAACUUAAGGCUAAGUUGAUUUA